AUGCCGCCUAAAACGAAAGCUUCGCAGAAGCGUACAAAAUGGACAGACCAAAUGAUCGCUGAUCUUGUGACAUGUCGAGCAUUAGCUCUAGCAAAACAUGCAGAUACAUCAAAUAUAGCAGAAAAUGUGAGCGGUAGGCGAAAGGGUUAUAUGGAAAUAAUGAAAGAUUUAUCGGAAGAGAAAGGGUAUGCAUCAUAUCGGUUCUCAGCUCAAAAUCUACGAGAUAAAGUAGCACAAGUUCUAAAGAAUAAAGAAAGAAAAUUGCCGCAUACUAACUGCUCGAAGGACACCAGUAACGUAUCUAUAAAUUUCUCUGAAAACGAUGUGUUUGAUUCGGCUCAAAAUCAAAACAACCAACACGAAUAUAACAAUGUAGAAAUUGAACCUGAUAAUGACGCUAAUGUUAAUAUAAUCGGCCAAGUAAACAACAUAAAUGGCCCGGUUUUAUCCGACUGUUUACAUGCAUCUAACAACUUUCAAUGGGGCGAAUUGAAUAAAGAGGCAUGCUCUAAAUGA